AAAUUGCUGAGAAUGAAGACGGGCAUGCGUAUAUCGGGGUAGUCGCGUUUCCCUGCUGAGACAACUAUAUUAAUUAGAGUGCAACACUGAUAAACCGGAAAAUCUUUUGUUUCAGUGGCAGCAUUUUUUAGAAAUUACAUUGUUACAAGGGACAAUAUACUUCAAUAAAAACAGUGUAUAUAAAAACCACUGGUCUGCCGAUGUAGCGAAAAAUAACUAAUGACUAGAAAUCGAUAUACCAUGAUGCGUGUGUUACUAACUCCCCAUCACGAAUGCGAAGUGGAGGCCUGUGGCCGUGUUUCUACUGUUUACACAUUCAAUGGGACCUGUUUCAGGUCAUAAAUCGAAGGAAAUGCAUAACUUCCUAUUCUAGUGCAGCUUCAGAUUUCUGCGACAAAAUUAUUGUUUAUUCUGGGUGAUUAUUAACAUCGAUCAAUCUAUAACGGGAACAAACGACUGACGUCUACCUGUUUACCUUGUGUUUUUUUUAAAUUUACACCAGGAUGUUUUGAUUUCUUUGUCUGGGUCCCAGGGACACGACGGGGAGUCGGCAGCUUCAUUAGUCCAUCGAGUGUCAUCACGCCGGAAGCGGGAAUCCAAUGUUAGUGUGGACCAUUUCUCUGUCCGGAGACCCCGUGACAGUCUGAAACCUGAAGUAAAGAUAGCUCCAAACCCUACCAUCACGUCAUAUCCGCCGGCAAGCACUGGCACCUCAGAUGCCGAGAGCUCGCCGCUCAUCAUGGGUGUGCAAGGUGGAGAGACGGGCGAUAGUCCGGGACGGUAUUAUCCAGAUGAUAAGGAGGGCGGUCCCCCGGACAGUGAAGCCAUCAUGAGGAGCAAAAGGGUCUCCAAACGGGUGGUGCUAAAUGUUGGUGGUGUAAAGCACGAGGUAAUGUGGAGGACGUUAGAUCGCAUGCCACACACACGACUGGGGAAGUUACGCUCUUGUAACACUCACGAAAGUUUACUGGAAAUCUGUGAUGAUUAUUCUCUGGAAUGUAAUGAAUAUUUCUUUGACCGACACCCAAGGUCUUUUUCUUCCAUUUUAAACUUCUAUCGUACGGGUAAAUUACACUUAGUGGAGGAGAUGUGUGUGUUGUCUUUCAGUGAUGAUUUGGAAUACUGGAAUAUAGACGAAUUGUACUUAGAGUCGUGUUGUCAACACAAAUACCACCAAAGGAAGGAACACGUGUACGAAGAAAUACGUAAAGAGGCAGAAAGUCUGAGACAACGAGAAUCCGACGAGGACUUUGGAAAUGGCAUGUGUGCAAAAUGGAGGAAAAAAGUCUGGGACUUGCUUGAGAAGCCCCAAUCUUCUAUGGCUGCUAGGACUCCAUUUGAAAAAUUUUGGGCCUACCUUGGCCAGGUCUUAGCAAUAGUGUCCGUACUGUUCAUCGUUCUAUCUACAGUCGCCCUCACUUUGAACACCAUUCCCAGCCUCAACGAGGAUAGCGAGGCCUCCAACGAUCUGGAAAUCAUCGAGGCUGUGUGUAUAUGCUGGUUCACCUUAGAAUACCUAGGAAGAUUCUGGGCGUCUCCUAAUAAGUGGAAAUUCUUCAAAGGUCCCUUAAAUAUCAUUGACUUAUUAGCCAUCUUGCCGUAUUUCAUCAGUUUAGGGUUGACGGAAACUAACAGACAUACGACAGAACAGUUUCAGAACGUUCGUAGGGUAGUACAGAUUUUUAGAAUUAUGCGAAUUUUACGAAUUUUAAAACUUGCGCGCCAUUCAACAGGUUUGCAGUCGUUAGGAUACACACUGCAAAGGAGUUACAAGGAACUAGGUCUUUUAUUAAUGUUUUUAGCUAUUACUGUGUUAUUGUUUUCAAGCUUGGCUUAUUUUGCCGAGAAAGAUGUAGAUAAAACGAAAUUCAAAAGUAUUCCCGAGACCUUCUGGUGGGCUGCUAUCACCAUGACAACCGUAGGAUACGGUGAUAUUUAUCCAAUGACUACACCGGGGAAGUUGGUGGGUGCAGUGUGCUGUAUUUGUGGUGUGUUGGUCAUUGCACUCCCCAUCCCUAUCAUUGUCAAUAAUUUUGCCGAGUUUUACAAGGACCAAAUGCGAAGAGAGAAGGCCUUACGAAGGCGAGAUGCUCUGGAAAGGGCUAAACGUACCGGGAGCAUUGUGUCGGUGCAUUCCUUUAAUAUAAGAGAUGUGUAUGCAAGAAGUGUGGACCUUUUAGACGUUAACGUGGAGUCUGGCGGUGGCAGGGGGUCAUGUGACAACGGACACAACUGUGAUGUUGGGACUGUCAACAAUGACGGCAAAUGCGCAAGCGCACCACAAUUCGUGACGAAUUCGUCCGAGUCGGCCAUUAAAUCAUCGAAUGAUCACUGUGAUUUGAACAGUCUUCCUGACUAUAAAUGUGCAACAAAUAUAAUAGAGACAGAGGAGGAAACAGACCCGAGGCUUUCCUCUAAUCCAGCUUUACAUUCGGAACAUCAGGGAAAGCUUGAAUACCCAUCAACUGCUGAAAAUCUCAUGCAUGCGCGUUGUACCAUUGAAUUAAAACCGUUAAUACGGCAGAGCAGCAACACAAGUACUGACACAUUUAAUAGCUGUCUGACUCACCCCUCAAGCCCCGGAGGCUCAGGGGCACAGGGUCAUCUACAGAACAAUUGCAACAGACAUAAUGUUUACAUUAAUCCAUUGGAGAAUUCCAGACUUAGUUCACUUUUUAAUUUGACAGACAGUAGUUCUUGUAGCAAGCCGCUGGAUUUGAAUAUAGAUUAUAAAUGUCCCGAGAAUGUAUUUACAACUGACAGUGACUCUGUUCAAAUUGUUCAGAAACUAGAAGAUGGAUAUACUACGACUUGGAAUCGCAGUGUUCUUCCAAACAAUCAACCAAGUCCUCCACCACGACUUGUCCAUCAGAAGAGUUCCGAAGAAUCACCGAGAGCACCCGAAAGAUCUCUUCUCAAACGUCACAAAUCUGAGACGGGUAACCGACAAAGCAAAGUUUCUGGAAUCAAGGAACGAUCCUACUCGUCUUCGGAUAACAUUCAUGAUGAGAGCUCAAGCAAAUCAAAAACUGCUAAAUUUCGUAAAGCGGUGUCGUUGGCCAGUAGACUUCAUUCAAGUCCUUCCACUGGUCGGAAAUUAGCUAAUUACCAUUUAAUCGCCAAUCCACAAUCAGGUAAAACCAGUGAAUGUGGAAAACUUCAAAACGGAAUAACUACUGAUUGUGAUACUUGUACUCCAUUCGAACCCCCUCAACCAGUGAUGAAAUCUAUACUAAAAAAAGAUUAUAACGUCACUUCCGGUGAUGACACUGAAACGCUUUUACAUAAUGCGUCAAAUGAUUGCGACGUAUUUCAAUGGGAAAAUUCUCCAGAAAACCCUUCCAAAAACAUUACACCCACGUCAUGUUUUCCGGAAAGCGAUCUACCUUCAAAAAAGGAUAAUGGAAAUGAAGAAGACAUAUUUCCGGUGAGAGAAAACAGUGAUGCAAAAACACUUCCGCUUUCUUCCUCCUUAAAUUCAUGUGGAACUCCUCUGACGGAUAGGUUUGAUGAUUAUAGUUUAUUUGAUUCUUCUGAAAAUCGUGGUGAAGAUGAGCUUGAAUUUAGCGAUAGUGUAGCGAGUCCCCAGAAAGGAAACUGUUGGAACAGAGAUAGUGGGAACUCUUUGCCGUGGCAGAAUAACGACACCAGCCCCUCUGACAAUUUGGAUAUCGAGGAGAGCAUGAUCGGGUCGAACUCACUGGGACGGUCCCCGUCUGAUGACAAUAGUCUUUCAUCUCAUAACUUAAUGCAUAUAUCCCCUGUAGAAAAUAAUUCUAAUACAGAUCCAAAAAAGGAUUUACAACAGACUGGCUUUGAAUUUUUAACUGAAAGUGAUUUAAAUGGUCAACGAAAAGACUAUCAGGUGGACACACUGUUAAAUAAUAUCGGGCGACUGUCCUCGGACGAAAGCACCGAAAUCUAUUCCCAAGAAGCCAGUGGAUAAGUGUUCAUUUAAUAUUGGAAGAUAAGCUUCAUUCGUUUUCAAAGAGAAGAAUAGAACUAAAACUUUGUAAUUUUUGCAGUCGAUAAAAGAAACAUUUUCAGUAUUGUUAAAAAUUUUCUUACUUAAUUUUAUUGCACAUUCGUUGUUACGAAUUUACAAUUGCGUCAGUUGCAGGGGAAUAUUUUCUUUCUUAUGUGAUUGUUACAUUUUAAAGUAAUACAUGUUAUUUGCACUUUCCUGCAGUGUUUGAUAGUUUAUUGAUUAUUUGUUGUAUAAAUUUGUACAACGCCAUCUUGUUCCUUCUAGAAUUCAGAGCGUGCAAAAUGAAAUAAAAUUGUUCUAUUUGUGCGUUUUAA